AUCUUUAUUAUUUCAUAAACAAAAUUUAGCAAGAUUACAAGUCAACUAUAUUUUAACUUCAUCAUCAUAACCUAUUUCUUUUUACUAGCUUUGGUUUUCUCUCAAACUAUUUUUCCCUGCUUAAGUCAUGGGAAUCUUGUCCAUAAGUCAUUCCUCAAGUUUUCUCACUAAACUCCUUAAAGUGCAUGAAAACAAUUAUUGGAGAAAAACAACAACAAAAAAUGUUGUUGUUUUCUGUCAUCAAGGUGGUGGUGGUGGUGGUGGAAAUGUUAUCAAGUCUUCUAAUUUGUCUUCUGUUAUAACAGAAAGAACACCAUUGGUUACUAGCACAGAUCAUGGUGCAACAACAUUAAUGGAUGCUGGAAGUUUGGUUUUGUCUCAAAAUGCUGAUAUUGUGGUUAAGGAUAUGGUUCCUUAUGGUGGAACAACUUCAACUCCAUUGAUUGGACUAGAUGAUGGAAUUGGCAUUGUUAAAUUUCUAAAAGGGAAGAAGUUUUUUGUUACUGGUGCAACUGGAUUUCUAGCAAAAGUUCUUAUUGAGAAGAUUCUAAGGACAGAACCUGAUGUGGGAAAAAUGUAUCUCUUGAUCAAGGCAAAGAAUAAGGAAGCUGCAAUGGAGAGAUUACAGAAUGAAAUCAUAGACACAGAACUUUUCAGAUGCCUUAGACAAAUUCAUGGAAAAUCAUACCAAUCCUUUAUGUUGAGCAAGCUGGUUCCUAUUGUAGGAGAUAUUUGUGAAACUAAUCUUGGACUUGAUCAAGAUUUAUCUGAUGUUAUUGCUGAUGAAGUUGAUGUUAUUGUGAAUUCUGCAGCUAAUACUACUUUUGAUGAAAGGUAUGAUACUGCAAUCAACAUAAACACUCGAGGGCCAUGUCGCCUUAUGGCGAUCGCGAAAAAGUGCAAGAAGCUUAAGCUCUUUCUUCAUGUUUCAACAGCUUAUGUGAAUGGACAAAGGCAAGGCAGAAUAAUGGAAAGACCAUUUAGCAUUGGUGAUUGCAUUGCAAGGGAGAAACUUAUAUCUGGUGUUCCACCAAAAUACCUUCCUACAUUGGACAUUGAAAAUGAAAUAAAUCUUGUUCUAAAGAACAAAGGAAACAUUGAAGACAAUGAACUAGCUCAAAAGAUGAGAGAGAUGGGUCUAGAGAGAGCUAGAAGAUUCGGAUGGCAAGAUACUUAUGUGUUUACGAAGGCGAUGGGAGAAAUGAUGAUCGACAAACUGAGGGAUGAUAUUCCGGUCGUUGUAAUUAGACCAAGUGUUAUUGAGAGCACUUUGAGUGAACCAUUUCCUGGAUGGAUGGAAGGAAAUAGGAUGAUGGAUCCAAUAGUUCUUUGCUAUGGUAAAGGACAGCUAACAGGUUUCUUGGUUGAUCCUAAUGGAGUCCUUGAUGUGGUUCCAGCUGACAUGGUUGUUAAUUCAACCUUAGCCGCAAUGGCAAAACACGGAACAACACGAAAGCGAGAUAUCAAUGUGUACCAAAUUGCUUCAUCUGUGGUUAACCCUUUAUUCUUCCAAGACCUUACAAGCCUUCUCUAUGAACAUUACACCACCUCACCAUGCAUUGACUCAAAGGGUAAUCCAAUUCAAGUUCCACUCAUGAAGCUGUUUAGCUCCUCAGAAGAAUUCUCUGGUCACCUAUGGAGAGAUGCUAUUCAGAAAAGUGGCCUUACAUCUAUGGCUUCCUCAAAUGGAAAGAUGUCUCAAAAACUCGAAAACAUCUGUAGAAAAUCAGUUGAGCAGGCAAAGUACUUGGCCAAAAUUUAUGAGCCAUACACAUUUUAUGGUGGAAGGUUUGACAAUAGUAAUAUACAAAGAUUGAUGGAAAUUAUGUCUGAAGAAGAAAAGAGAGAGUUUGGCUUUGAUGUAAAGGGCAUAGAUUGGAAAGAUUACAUCACAAAUAUCCAUAUACCAGGUUUAAGGAGAUAUGUCAUGAAGGGAAGAGGAAUGAGCAAUCAGUGACUCACAUCUUGUGUGACAUGUAAUCAUUAGUUAGUAGCUUAUGCUUCAAGAAAAUGUAAUGGAUUAUAUAUACUUGUUUAUUUCCUUGAAUCCUUUAGAGUGUGGUAACAACUACUACUAUAGUGUAUCCUUUAUUAUCCAUAAUGUAAUUUCAUAAUGAUGAUAAUAAUGAUAAUCAAAUUUAUGUAGUA